CGAGAAAAUCGCGCCAUUAUUGUUAUGAGCCCGCGAAUACCAAGCGGUUAUGUGUAGCAGCUAGGUUGCCUGGCCUCCAGGUCUGUAUCAGUGUUGGAAAAUGAGCGCUGGAUUCGGAAUAGAAUGUUUUAUUUCAAAUCACGGCGGUUUCACAGGCAACAUCAAGCAAUUCCCUGAGGAUUUCAUUGUAACUGAGCUAGAUGAGAAUGGGGAACUAGUCACCUUGAAGUCAGAUGAAUGCUCUGCUUUGCCGUUACCACAGAAUUCACAAACUUUGAAAGAUCAACACACCAUAACUUCAGUCAAAGGGGAGAAAGAACAAGACACUGAGAGACACUGUUUCAAGGUGGAGGAAGUUUCUUCUGCUGAAGCAAUUACAAAAGCACAAGCCCUUCUUGCGGAGCUUGUUGGCAGGGACAAGUUGAAGGAGGUGAAGGAAAAUCAAGGGGCGGAGAUAAUUCUAGGCAAUUUCAACAACAAAGAUGACAGAGCUCUUGUACACCUCUACACACGGAUGACUUUUCCAAUGCUGAAGACAUCAACACUACAAAUAGAGAAUGGGGAGCAUGUUGUUGUUGUAAGGAAAGAUCCUGUAUAUGAGGAACUGAAGAAACAGCUUCAAAACAAAGAAGACACUGACCGAUUUUUCAGAUUUGCUCACUGCACCAACAAGCAGACAGUUUCUACUUGCAGUCUUUCCGUGACUAACGACAAAACAUCCAGAACCCAGAUUCAUCGGCUACUGGCAAAGCAGUUUGGAUCGUUUUUGGAGAGUAAAACAUUCCCUUGCGAUCCGUCGAGUCCCGAGUCCCCUUGUAUUCAGGUCCGCAUGAGAGCAAAACUUUCCCGAAGUAAAGAGCGCAAGACAGCUGGCGAUAAUAAGACGUUUUCGAAGAUAACCGGUCCGCGCUACACUCACUUCACUUUACAGAAAACUGGACUGGAGACCCUAGAAGCAAUUGAGCGCUUGUCACGGGUUCUACGAGCACCCUCGUCUGCGUUCAGCUACGCCGGCAUCAAAGAUCGUAAGGCUGUCACGAUACAGCGAGUCGCGGUCAAGGGAUUUACAUCAAAACAGCUGGUAUCAGCGCUUGAUCGCCAAGUGAUUGGUGGGAUUGUGACGGGCGGAUACAAGACGUGUGAUGCACCAUUACGCCUUGGGCAGCUUUGCGGUAACUUCUUUCAGAUCAACGUCCGUGGGGUUCAGCCUUUGGCAAGUUCAUCCCAAGGAAUCACUGAGCUUGUAACGACGGCCGUGAGUAACGUUUCCCGCCAUGGGUUUGUGAACUACUUUGGUCCACAGCGCUUCGGCCAAGAGGACAACUCGGUGAAUGCUAGUGACGUGGGGCUAGCCAUGCUACAAGGGGACGUGGAGAGGGCUGUUCGUCUGAUUUUGUCGCCUAGCAACUCGUCGGUUGCGGCUGCAGCACAAGCUAAAAGGUAUUACAAGGAGACAGGCGAUAUCCCAGGGACCCUCGCCAGGAUGCCGCCCGGGCAAACGCGGGAAAGACUCAUUCUCAAGGCCCUGCACAGACAUGGACGAGACAAGUAUGGCUGUACCCAGGCCCUACUCAGCUUGCCCUACUCCGCUCGCCUGCUUUAUGCUCACAGCUACACCAGUCUCGCGUGGAAUCACGCGGCCUCCGCGCGCGUCCGUCUGUAUGGAAGCACAAGAGUGGCGGCGGGUGACCUUGUGUACGACUCGCAAAGUGCGUCCAGUCAGUGCGGCAUUGCUCAGAGUGCGUCCAGUCAGUGCGGCUUCGCUCAGAGUGCGUCCAGCCAGUGCGUCUUCGCUCAGAGUGAUUCAAGUGCGUCCAGUCAGUGCGGCAUCGCUCAGAAUCACUCAAUUAAGGGCAAUCAGGCGUCUACUGAAAGUCAUCGCGGCCUAGUGCCUCAAACAGAAAGUAAUGGUAGCCAUAGUACAUCGAUCACACGUGAUUCCGGGUCAAGCGAAUGCGAUUGCGGAAAAAGUGCGGUCGCGUCUAGCAAUCCGCAUCGCAGAACACCUAUUGACAAGUGCGCAGUGCGGGUAGUUUCAGAAGAUGAUGCUCGUAGUGGCAAGUACUCCAUGGCCGACGUGGUUCUGCCGCUGCCCGGAUACAGCGUUAUUUAUCCUGAGAACAAGAUCGCAGAUAGCUACAAGGGGACCCUUAAUAGCGACAGGCUCAGAGCGGAAGACUUCAGAUUGAGGAAACUGGGACUCAGUCUCCCAGGCGCAUACCGCAAACUGGUGGCCUUCCCGACAGGCAUUGCAUGGCACUGGACCGGAACUGAGAGUUUUUCACCUUCACAGAGUUGUAAAAUUGUAGCGGGUAUCACAGGUGGGGCUCACGUCACACAAACAUCAGAGCACGUGCCUUGCCCAUCAGAGCACGUGCCUUGCCCAUCAGAGCACGUGCCUUGCCCAUCAGAUUACGUGCCUUGCCCAUCAGAGCACGUGCCUUUCCCAUCAGGUCUAGAGGCCCCAUCAACAGAUCAAUCUGAUCACGUGACACUGCCGCUAGAUAAUGUUCCGACCGAGUCGAAGACAUUGGAUUUUAUUGUUCCUCAUAAACGAAUAAAACUUGACGCGGACUUGGCGGAGUCUACAUCAAGGGAUCUUACCCUGUCAUUUCGGCUGGAUCCAUCUUGUUACGCUACAGUUUGCCUACGGGAGAUAAUGCAAGGGUAACGGUUUCUUGCACUAAGAAACCCUCGUGACCUUUUCAGAUGUAAGCCAGAAUGAACACAGAAAUGACUGCGGCUGUCACGCCAGAGAGCGACGAAAGGAAAAGUCUGUCAAUAAAUAAAAUAAGCGUUAGCGCGUUAGCGCACGUGAAUUCUUAGUGCAAGUACCCCAUACACGAUUCGCAAAUCUCGGGUCGCGAUGCAUUGUGAUCAGGGUCUAAAGUCCUGGGGAAUAGAGGGAAACACGGGUCGCGAUGCAUUGUGAUCAGGGUCUAAAGUCCUGGGGAAUAGAGGGAAACACGGGUCGCGAUGCAUUGUGAUCAGGGUCUAAAGUCCUGGGGAAUAGAGGGAAACACGGGUCGCGAUGCAUUGUGAUCAGGGUCUAAAGUCCUGGGGAAUAGAGGGAAACACGGGUCGCGAUGCAUUGUGAUCAGGGUCUAAAGUCCUGGGGAAUAGAGGGAAACACGGGUCGCGAUGCAUUGUGAUCAGGGUCUAAAGUCCUGGGGAAUAGAGGGAAACACGGGUCGCGAUGCAUUGUGAUCAGGGUCUAAAGUCCUGGGGAAUAGAGGGAAACACGGGUCGCGAUGCAUUGUGAUCAGGGUCUAAAGUCCUGGGGAAUAGAGGGAAACACGGGUCGCGAUGCAUUGUGAUCAGGGUCUAAAGUCCUGGGGAAUAGAGGGAAACACGGGUCGCGAUGCAUUGUGAUCAGGGUCUAAAGUCCUGGGGAAUAGAGGGAAACACGGGUCGCGAUGCAUUGUGAUCAGGGUCUAAAGUCCUGGGGAAUAGAGGGAAACACGGGUCGCGAUGCAUUGUGAUCAGGGUCUAAAGUCCUGGGGAAUAGAGGGAAACACGGGUCGCGAUGCAUUGUGAUCAGGGUCUAAAGUCCUGGGGAAUAGAGGGAAACACGGGUCGCGAUGCAUUGUGAUCAGGGUCUAAAGUCCUGGGGAAUAGAGGGAAACACGGGUCGCGAUGCAUUGUGAUCAGGGUCUAAAGUCCUGGGGAAUAGAGGGAAACACGGGUCGCGAUGCAUUGUGAUCAGGGUCUAAAGUCCUGGGGAAUAGAGGGAAACACGGGUCGCGAUGCAUUGUGAUCAGGGUCUAAAGUCCUGGGGAAUAGAGGGAAACACGGAAAUAGAUCGAGUGCGUGUGUCAAGGGCAACACACUUGAUCUGGACCACAAUGCAACGCGACCCAAGGUUCGCGAAUCUUGUAUUGGCUGUCGCUAUGACAACCAUCAUUUGAUGAGCCGCGCCUGAACCCUCUACUUGCUGACGUCUCGCGCUUACUCGCAACAUGAAAACACUAUGACCUGUAUGUGAUCAACUCCCUCACCUGUUAUUUCCAAAAUCCUCGAGGUGUACCAUAAUAAAAAAUUUAGCCUUUUA